AAUGAUGACACGCAAGACAUAUGGCAGCGACGGCAGUUCGAGAAGCAGCAUCAACAUGGAAGUUGUUACCGCGACCCCGGACCACGUAGAUGAUGAUCUUGCCGCUAGAAGCGGUCGGGACAACGACAAUCUGCUGCACGACCCUCCUCCAGUGGUGCACAACCACCGUCGCCGGAUCGCAAUGCUUGUCGGAGGGGGGGGGUGCGCAGCCGUGGCGAUUGGCGGAUGCAUUCUCUUUUUUCCUCAAUCGUCAGUCAAUGUACCCAGCAAAGUCGAAGAAGUGGAUGAAUAUGGCGGCGGCGCAUGUUUCCUUGCCAAGGCCGGAUUGUACGGAACGACCUCUGCGAUCACAUCGUACUACUUUGCUCGAGCGGCGGUGCCAUCCUCGACCCUCAACAGCUCGUCCUUGCCGUUGCUUGUGCACUUUUCACGUUCAGACCCGCCCCCAGCGCUCCUUCCUUGCAUUGCGCCUACCAACAACGCCGCCGCGACCUCGUCGUGGAUAAGGAAUCCCCAUGCAUUGAAUCGAGAUGCCCAUGUGCUGUACCUCCGAUAUGCAGAGGACCUCCAAGUCGACUUGCACGCGUUCUUGGCCUCCACCCUCCGCGCCGCGAACAUCAGUACCAAGCGCGAAAUGCUUUUCAUGGGUCAAGACGCUCGGGUGUGUGACGCAGCGUUCCAGGUGCUCACGGCCAACUUCCACUACGACCCCAUCACCACCAAUCGAACGUACCUGAACGUGGCUGGCGUUGCCUUCCGCGCAUCAUCUCCAUCGACUGUGUUGCCUACGAAGGCACUCGGCCAGCUCUUGGACGCAGGCGUCCGCGUGCAUGUCGACGACGAAGAUGAUCCACAGGAUGCUUCUAACUGGACACAAUCCAUCUCCUGGGAUGGUGCCGUGGUGUUUGCCAACAUGACCAAGUAUUAUUCUAACGCUAUGUCCAACGCAACCAGGGCAGGAGUAAUAUCUGGAAGAGAAGCCCCAUCAGUACAAUUUCGAAACUUCGCCGUGGCUUACGAAGUUGCUCAAGAAGCAUGGGACCCUGCCACGUUGCUCGACUUGAUUCGACAGCAACCCCCGGCUUCCUUAUAGGAUUAAUAGUAUUAAUAGUAGGUACUAUUAAUAGUGAAAAAUGAAUACCCAC